CUCUACUUCCCUCUCCGCCGCCCACCCAUCCUCUCGAAGACAAGACAAGACCAGACCAGACCAGACCGGAAGCGAGAAGGGACAAAAAAGGAAAAAGCAUACCCCGAAAAAUGAGCGAAUCCGCCCCUCCAAUCCCCAACCCCAACGUCCAGGGCACGAAUUCCUCCGUCGCAGUCACCGCCGCUGCGUCCAACGCCGGCAGCAAUGCCGAUCAGACGGGGAAUCGCGGACUGCCGUACUACGAGAAAUUAAGGCGCGAGCUGCGCGACACAUUACAUAGAAAGAGAUUGAUGGACAAGAGCAUGACACAACUAGAAGACCAAAUCUUCCGCUUCGAACAAUCCUACCUCGAAGAAACCACCGCCGGAAACAUCAUCAAAGGAUUCGACAACUACAUCAAGGGCUCGUCGAACACGGGGGUUGGCGCGACCUCGCUCUCGUUCUCCAGCGGCGUGGGCGGCGGCGGCGGUGGCGGCACAAGACGCAAGGCCCAGGUGACGGACGCGGAUCGCGUGUUCUCGCGGAGUUCGGCGGGGUUUAUGCGCGACUCAACGCCCUCCUCAUCCCAGACGACGCCCUCGCACGCACCCACCCCGACGUCCACGUAUAACGGAUCCACCGGGAAACCGAACGGCGAGGCAGGCUCAGCACCCGGAAGCGUAAAGGGCGGGUCGUCGUCGAAGAACAAGAAGAAGUCCAACAACAGCAGCAGCGGCAAUAAGGAGAUCAAGAACGACGAGGACGAGGAAGGCGGGGACAAGCCGCCAACGAAGCGGUUGAAGAUCAGCUAUGGAAGGGAUUGAUCGUUAUUGACGGCUUUGGAUUUUAUGUGUGUUUUUGUGUUUUUUUGGGGGGGAAGGGUCUGUCUGGAGUUAAAAGUUGGAUGGUGUUUGGGCUGAGCUGGGCGUUUUUGUUUCCCCGUCCUAUCUGUCUAUCUCUCUGCUGUGUGUGUAUUAUUAUAUGGGUGCAGUAUCUAUGCGGGUGCUUUGUUUAUGAUCCACUUGAAACCGCUGGGCUGGAGGGAUGAGAUGGACAGCGUUUGGUGUUCUUCCUAUGUCAUGAUAUCCAUUGUAUUACCACUUGAGUCGCUAGAUCAUAGAUCAAAUCAGAUCAAGUCAAUUUGCU